GGAAACCGCUGGUCCAGAUUCCCAGCCACACCGCGAGCAUUGAGGCCGCUGCUGUGUGUCAUACAGCGUUCGACAGCCUUCCAGUAGCCCGCAGAAUCCCGCAGAUAAACUUCAAGUUUUCGCGGCCAUUCUCGCAGCAUUCCCGUUAGGCCUACUACAGUCCGCCUCCUGGCAGCCCCCUUAGUAGUAGUAGUACUACUAAGUCCACCACGGUACGGGCCGUAGUACGGCAUCCUCGCAGCCGCGUUCCUGUCUCUCCGACGCCUUUGGAAGUGAUAUCCCUUUGGGACGAGACCCAAUGGCUUCCACUAACAGCCUCAGGCGCACGAGGCGGCAUCGGCGUGACGCGGCCGGCGAUAAAGGAGUGACGUCACUAACGAGAACUCGCCACGCCGCGCCGCACGCGCUACUCCUCCUCCCAUUCCUCCCCCUCCUCCUCCUCUCGCUCGUCCUCUCGCACGGAAUCCGCCCCGCCGUCUCGGCGCGUCCUGCGACGCUCUCUCAGUCGGGCGCCGCGGCGGCGGCGGCGGCGGCGGCGGCUCGUCGCGCCCUCGCCGCUGACACGCCCGGCAACCCCGUUUAUAUCGUCCGCCUUAAAGGAAAUUCCGUCGCCGCCGAGAUUGCCGCCGGAAACAAUGGCGGAAAUGGCGGCGGGAACGGCGGCGGGAAUGGCGGCGGCGCGAACGGGCGGAAUGCGCGGCGGCGGGAGAAGAUCGACAGGAAAUCGCCACGUGUGCAGGACCACGUUCGGCGCGUUAAAGCGCAGCACGCUCGAGUCGCGAGCGGCGCGGGGGUUCCCGACUCGGACGUGCUCUAUAACUACGUCUACUCGUCCAACGGGCUCGCGGCUCGCCUCUCCGCGCAGCAGAAACGCGCGUUAGAAGCCGACCCGGAAGUAGCAUACGUGCAGGAGAGUGAAGUUCGGAAGGUCGAAAUGACGCACACGCCCACCUUCCUCAAUCUGCCCAACUCGCUCUGGAAGGCGAAUCAAGCCGCCGCGUGGACCGCGGCUGGCGCGGGGACGGUGAUCGGAAUCGUGGAUACCGGCAUUUGGCCCGAGCACCCGUCGUUCCAAGACCAGGCAACCAACCCGUAUCCGGACCCCCCUGCCACGUGGACGGGCAAGUGCCAGACCACCACGGACUUCCCCAAGUGCACGCGGAAGCUCAUUGGCGCGCAGUACUUCAUAGCGGGGUUCCUUGCAGCGGGGCUGACGUACUACGCCCCUAAAGACUGGCUGUCGCCUCGCGACUCGUCGGGCCAUGGCACCUGGUGUGCGGGAGCCGCAGCAGGUAACGGCGGUGUGUCCUUCGGCACCCUCAACAACGCCUCGCUCGGUACAGCCUACGGCGUGGCCCCACGAGCCUUCCUCGCGAUGUACAGGGUCGCGUGGUACAGCGCCUACUACGGCGAUCAGGUCAUCCUCGAUGCUGACGUCAUGGCUGCGGUGGACACGGCUGUAGCGGACGGGGUGGACGUGCUGUCGCUGUCGCUGGGAGGCAUGGUUUCCACAGACACGUACUUUGGAGACCUCGAAUACCUGGACGCCCACCUGGCGGGAGUGGUAGUGGUGAAGGCAGCUUGCAACUACGGUCCUCCACCGUACUCCGCCUCUCUCUACCGCACUAUCGCCAACUUCUCGCCCUUCUUCCUCACUGUUGGCGCCAGCUCUACCAGUCGUCGCUACAACGCGUCUCUCACCCUCGGCAACGGCACCGUGCUCUAUGGAAACGGCUUUGGAGGGGCCAACAUGGGCGCCAACACCCCUCUUAUUGACGCUGCCAAGAUCCCCGCUGCAGGAUACAACGCAUCCACUGCCAAGUACUGCAAGUACGGAUCGCUCAACACGACAUGGGUGGCGUGGCGCAUGGUGGUGUGCUUGUACGGAGGGGGAGUGAGCGAACGCGAGAAAGCAGCAGAGGUCCAACGGGGCAAGGGUCUGGCUGUGCUUAUAGUGAAUGUUAUGCCAGCAGACGACGCUACAGUGACUCGAUACGGCACACUCCCUGCCAUGAGCCUCUUCCCUCCCAACGACGUGAUCCUUCAGGACUACCUGCUUUCUGCAAGCCCCACUGGCACCAUGUCCUAUGGCUUCACCACCAGCACCACCGGCACCGCACCAGCAAUGGCUUCCUUCUCUUCCAUCGGCCCCUUGACUCUCCCCACCAUCAUCCCUGCUCCCUCCUUCCCAACCAACGACAUCCUCAAACCCGACAUUAUCGCUCCGGGGUAUUACCUCUGGGGCGCGGCUUUGGGGACCACCCCCGGUGCUGCCAUGUCAGCAGCUACUAAGGCGUUACUGAGCGGUACCUCCAUGGCUACACCUCAAAUUGCGGGAAUUGCGGCGCUUAUAAUGCAGAAUAGGACCGAUUGGACGCCGUCGCAGGUGAUGUCGGCGAUAAUGACAACUGCUACAGUGAAGAAUAACAAGAAUGCAGGAAUCAAGAAUUACAACAAUUCUGGAGCGACGCCGUGGCAAAUGGGAGCGGGACACGUGGACGCAAGCAAAGUUUUGGAUCCCGGCCUGACGUACAACUUGACCGGGCAGGAUUUCUACAGUUUUUUGGCUGGGCAGAACCUGACCGUCGCGCAGGGAUUGGUUGCUGAAGGCACCGUUCUGACCCCCACCCCUGCUUAUAACCUCAACCGGCCGACAAUUUCCGUGGGGCGGAUUAUAGGGAAUCGGACUAUAACGAGGACGGUGACGAGUGUGGGAGCUGUAGUGGCUACUUAUAACGCCACUGUAGUUACCCCAACUGGGGUUACCACAGUGGUUACGCCGCCCACCUUCACGAUUGCUCCUGGGGAAUCGGUGACAUUCAAUGUAACGUUCACGGUGGUAACCGCAUACAGUAACUUCAGGUUUGGGAGUCUGACGUGGAAGGAUGGGAAGCACGUGGUGGCGUCGCAGAUUGCUGUGGUUCCUUGGUCCCUCUGAAGCUGACAGGGUGGUCUGCAGCGGACAGGGUGGUCUGCAGCUGACAGGGUGAUCUGAAUCGGAUACAUGGGUCGGAAGCUGCUGGGAUUUUUUCAAGCUAGUUGGUCUGUGUGAAGAGUGGAUGGCACGUGGUGGCAUCGCAGAGUGCGGUGAUGGUGGGUAUGGAGAGGUUGGUCUGUCUGUAUGAAGAGUGGAUGGGUAGCACAUGGUGGUGGCGUCCCAGGUUGCUGUGAGGCUGAUUAGCGGGAUGGUGGCUGCUCAUUUCAGGCUGAUAAGCUUAUAUGGAGGAUGGGAAGCGUUGCUGGUUGCCGUGGGUACGUCUCAGAUUGUAGUGGUUCUGUGGUCCCUGUGAAGGUGACUGAUGGAGUGACAGCAGCAGGGUUCAUUCCAAGCUGGGUGCGUUAUUUUAUACCAAGGAUGGGAGGCACGUGGUGGCGUCGCAGAGUGCAGUUGCUUCUUGGUCCCUGUGGAGCUGAUUCGCGGGAUGGCAGCUGCUCAUCUUAAGCUGGCUGGGUCUAUACGAAGGAAGCAGCUGGGUUGCUCAGGUGUGUUCUAGUCGACUCAGCCUUCGAAGGUGGUUGAUCGGGCUGUAGCACCGUACCUUCUUCGAUUCUUCUGCACCGCCAUCGCUUGCUAGGUCGCUCGGAAGCAGCUGGGUUGUUCCAAAGCUGACGUUUCAGUCGACUCAACAAUCCUUCCGCAAUGCCAUCGCUCGCUGGGUUGGGUUGGAAGUGGCCGGGCUGGAUCGGAAGCGGCCGGGUUGGGUCGGAACCAGCUGGGUUGUUACGAAGCUGCUUGCCCUGGGGAGCUGGCUGGUCCGCAUGAAGGAUGGGAGGCAUGGGUUGGCAUGUCCCCUUCACAUGGACCCAUCCCAUCCCAUCCCAUUCCAUCCCAUUCCAUCCCAUCCCAUCACAUCCCAUCCCAUCCCAUCCCAUCCCAUCCCAUCCAUCCCAUCCCAUUUGACCCAUGAUGUACCUGGAGCUGAUGGCUGUACUGUACUGUAUUCUACGCAGCUGUGAUGGUCCGUCCGGCACUUCUCACCUUCUUGUAUUGUGGUUGGUCUGCUCUGUCAAAAGACUAGCUUAGCUAGGAAGCCAUAGAAUGGCACAAGGUUUAGCUAGGAGCUAGGAGGAGCCAUGAGAAUGGCGAGAGGUUUUAGGUGCUAGGAAAGUUGAGGAGAGGAAAAGAGGGUUGGAUUAGGAAGAGAGAGGAGUACAAGGAGGGGUUUGUACCCUCUACAGAAAAGCUAGGAAGCCAUAGAAUGGCACAAGGUUUAGCUAGGAGCUAGGAGGAGCCAUGAGAAUGGCGAGAGGUUUUAGGUGCUAGGAAAGUUGAGGAGAGGAAAAGAGGGUUGGAUUAGGAAGAGAGAGGAGUACAAGGAGGGGUUUGUACCCUCUACAGAAAAGGUUCAGUAACAACCUACC